UAUUUAGUGACUGUAACCUAAAGGGGCCAGGCAGUGCUCAGAUCUGAUUACCUGUACACAUAUUGUGUAAUCGAUUCGUUACAAAACUAAAUACGUUAAAAAAAACAGACAUUUUCAAGUUAAAGGUGGCUUGUUUCAUUUUAGGGGGAAUCCAUAAUUUGUGUUCACUCUCCUUUGUUUCAUCAAGUUUGGACUGGGUGUUUGAAUUUAUUGCGGACAGACACAAGCAAGGGAGCUGUUGCUGAGUGAAUCUCUGUGUACACAGCGAGGCGAGAGACAGUCACGACUCAACCACUAAUUACCAAAAUCAUGUCAAGACAGGACUGAGAUCCAGGACUGAAGAACAGUGAUUGUUGGAUACUUUUCUCCAGCCAGGCUAAUGUUCUCUCCUGAUCAAGAAAACAUCUCUGCCUCCAUCAAAGUGCCCGUCAAGUACGGAGAACUCAUUGUACUGGGAUACAAUGGUUCUCUACCAAAUGGAGACCGAGGCAGACGGAAAAGCCGGUUUGGUUUAUGCAAAAGACCGAAAGCCAAUGGGGUGAAACCCAGCACGGUGCAUGUUGCCUGUACACCUCAGGCAGCCAAGGCAAUAAGCAACAAGGACCAGCACAGUAUCUCUUACACACUGUCUCGCGCUCAGACUGUGGUUGUGGAGUACACACAUGACAGCAAUACAGAUAUGUUCCAGAUUGGCCGCUCGACGGAGGGCCCCAUUGACUUUGUAGUGACGGACACAGUCCCGGGUAGCCAGAGCAACUCGGACACGCAGUCUGUUCAGAGCACCAUCUCUAGAUUUGCCUGCCGAAUCAUCUGUGAAAGAAUCCCUCCCUACACCGCCCGGAUCUACGCAGCCGGAUUUGACUCAUCCAAGAAUAUCUUCCUUGGAGAAAAGGCUGCCAAGUGGAAGACGUCAGACUCUCAGAUGGAUGGGCUGACUACAAAUGGAGUCCUUGUUAUGCAUCCUCGAAAUGGCUUCACAGAGGACUCCAAACCGGGAGUCUGGAGGGAGAUCUCUGUGUGUGGGAAUGUGUUUACUCUGCGAGAGACCAGAUCAGCACAGCAGAGGGGGAAAAUGGUGGAAAACGAAACCAAUGAGCUGGUGGACGGCUCCCUGGUUGACCUGUGUGGGGCGGCCCUGCUGUGGCGCACGGCGGACGGGCUGGCACACACUCCCACAGUGAAGCACCUGGAGGCCCUGCGACAGGAGAUCAAUGCAGCCCGGCCCCAGUGCCCCGUGGGCUUCAACACGCUGGCUUUUCCCAGCAUGAAGAGGAAGGAUGUGGUGGAUGAGAAGCAACCCUGGGUCUACCUCAACUGCGGUCACGUACACGGCUACCAUAACUGGGGAAACAAGGAGGAGCGUGACGGCAAGGAGCGUGAGUGCCCCAUGUGCCGCUCCCGAGGGCCCUACGUACCGCUGUGGCUGGGCUGCGAGGCCGGGUUCUACGUGGACGCUGGGCCCCCUACACACGCGUUCAGCCUCUGCGGGCACGUGUGCUCCGAAAAGACUGUCACCUAUUGGUCCCAAAUCCCACUGCCUCAUGGAACUCACACUUUUCACGCAGCCUGCCCUUUCUGUGCACAGCAGCUAACUGGAGAGCAAGGCUACAUUCGACUUAUAUUCCAAGGACCUGUGGAUUAGAGUUUUAUAUUAUGCUUAUUGUUGUUUAACUAUUAUUCUAAUUAUUAUUCUAUAAAAGCUUAUUAUGCAAAAUAAGCUUUUGUUUUUGUUCUUUCAUUUUUGUAACCUUUUUUUAAAGUGACCUUUUUAAUUACUCUGUAGGGAGUGCAGUUUCUGGUUUAAGAAAAAUAUAUAUAUAUAUAUAUAUAUUUUGAUCUGUAUAUUUUCACCAAAAACAAACACUUGCAUACAUUUGAUGAAACGUCACUUUUUUAUUUUGCGGGGAAUGAAAAUUAACUGUAUUUUAUAAUAUGUAGAAGAAUCGUGGAAAACAAAAAGGCACUAUCACUGCCUUUGAAGUUUUUGUGUUUUUGUUUUUUUUUUUAUAUAAAGGGAUCCUGGACACACACUAUUUAUGCUUAAUAAAUACUGAUACCACUCCAAGAUGCAAACUAUAUUAGUUUUAUAGGAAACAAUUUACAUAAUUAUUUCUUAACAAAUCAUUAUAUUGUAUAACAUGCAUAGCCUUGAAUAUUAACUUUUUUUUAAUGUGUAAAAUAAAAUGAUAUAUAGAUAGAUAGAUAUAGAUACUUUUUGAGGUAAGGUAGUGUGUGUGUGUCUGUUUUUUACCACCUUGUGGGUUCGGUGUUACUCCUGCGUGUAGUCCAGGCACAGAAAAAAUAGAUAUAUUACAAUAUGCAACAGUGUUUUCAAGAGAGCUACAUUUCUGUCUGUCCUAUUUUUUCAGUUGCAUUACCAUGGUUUUAUUUAAUGAAAUGCAUUCAGACCGAAGCAUUCCCAGACUUUACUUGUAACACCUCCGCUUUCAAAAUUGUGGGAUUUCAAACCAUAUCUGCAUGAUAUUAAAUGCAUUGCAGUUCAAUGCAUUUGCCAAUGUGCUGACGCUCUCUCAAUAUGACCCUUGGCCUCUGAAAGGACCAGGAUAAACUCAACAAAUUUUUCCCCUCUCUUAGAAAUCUAUAAUGCACAGUUUUGUGUCAUUGGGGACUGGUUUUUAGAGCUACUGUGCUCGGUCUCAGGUUGAUAGUAGUUUGUUACAGGAAUGCGCUAAAAGUGCUCAAUAAUGGACUUUAACAAAUGGGUGCACCAGCACAUUUUUUGUAUAACCUUAUUCAGUUGGUAUGUGGGCUAAUGUCAUGUAUAUGGAUUUCUUUGUCACUAAUUGUAUGUGACAGGAAGUUCUUCUGGAUAGCAUUAUUACAUCAUCUCAGGGGGAAGUCACAGCUUUGGGUAUUGAUUAAAAAAUAGUAUGUCCAAUGGGAAAACCUUAUCAAAAAAUGUAUGACACAUUUUUUUUUUUUUUUACCCAGUACUAAAUGUAUUUUAAGCUAUUGACUUUUCAAAUGAACAUGGAUUCACUUGUUCGAAGGAGAGCUUUUUAAUAAUGUGCUCACUGCAUGGUCUGUGCCUUCACGGCUUUGUUUCAAAUUCUGUUCCACCGUGUUCUGAAUUUCCCAGACACUUUAAAACAGUUUUGUACUAACUUUGAACAAUAAAGUUUGAAAACUUAAAAAAAAAAAAAAAAAAAAAAGAAAAUAAGAAAACCUGUUUACUUUUCUUAAUGUUUGCUGUAUUUUUCAUACAUGUACUGUGUAUAAAUACUGUGUGGUUCUGUGUGUGUGUGUGUGUAUAAGCUUUUUUGUUUUAAAUGGGAGGUACAUUUUAUUUUUUCCAUUUCUUAAAACAUACAAGGUUUGGACAUAUAAUUGAAAAUGUCUAACCCACAGUUGCCCAAUUUAAUUUGUUAAUCUGUAAUUUGUUUGUGUCACAAUGUACAUAUGAUCGCUAAAUUAAAUGGCUGCUAUUUGUGCAAUGUAUUGUAUACAACGCAGUACCUUACUGUUUCUUCUUAAUUUCUAAAAUGUAUGAUGUAUCUUGAAAAUAAUAUGAGGGGUUUAUAGUGUUCUGUCCUUUUUAUAAAAGCUGCAUCUCCCUGCUGCAAGCCAGUUCGUCAUGACAUCUGACCAACUGGUUUGUAAAUGGCACUCGUUCUGGCAGGUGCUUCCGUAUUCUACGUGGAACAGACUUGUGACUCUAUGGACCAUUUUGAAGAACCGAUUUCUCGGCCCAACUUCCUUGAAGAAAUUUAUGAACAAUGGCCCAUGUAUCCCUCCAGAACAAUUAAGACCUUGCAGACUUUAAACCAGUGCCUUUCUGGCUGCCUAUGGUAGCCAAACACCAUACUGAUGUUGUUCUGGCAAAUGUUUCAGAUUUUAUGUUACACACCAAUCUUUUGUGUCCCAUGUCAAUCUGUUGGCAUAUCAAUACCUCAGCAGCUAUAAUGAAAGUUAAACAGAUGUAUUAACCCAAGAUGCAACCCAUGACUGUAAAUCUGUAGUUACUGUACCAGUAUUUAUUUUGGCUGCUAAAACAAAUGAAAGGAACCAAGUUUUGGUUAUGGCUGCCUACUUGUGGACUAAAUUGACUUAACCUUAAUCGAUGCAUUGUUUUAUUAAAGAAAGGCAGUUUGAA